ACUAUAGGCCGUGAAUCACAAAAUAGCAACAUACUGUCCUCGUUCUCGCGGCCAUGGCAUCUGCAAUCUUCGGGACGGGUUUCUUGCCGCUAGCGCUGUUCUUCGCUGUCGCCCUUGUACAUUACAAGUACAUAUAUGGUGGUUAUUCUGCUGGUUCGAUAAGUGCUGACGCACAUACGCCGGCCGUGUUGUCAAAUCUCUUCUUCCCAGAGCUUGAAACAGGAGUAGACCUGCAGUCUCGGUACGCCAGCCUCUUCCUCGAGACUGGCGCGUCCACUGGCGGCCUAUCUGAACGGGACCAGGACGCCGCCACCCGCAGUGCCUUGGCUGGAGGUAGCGCAGUUGGUAGCAACGGCAGUGACAGCGGCAAUGGCUACACCAGCGCUGGGGAAGGUGACGGGCGAAGCAGCUCGCACUCGCGUCUGGUGCUACUACCCGACCUGCACGGCGACGCACGGCAGGCGGCACGCGCCCUGCAGCUUGCCGGGCUGAUUUCGCCCAACUACACGUCCGCUGCAGCGCCGCAUGUGUCAGGCCUGCCAGAAACCUGGCACUGGGAAUGGCAGUGGACGGGCGGCGAUGCAAUGCUGGUGCAGCUGGGUGACGUGGUGGACCGCGGGCACGACAGCCUGGCGCUGCUGGGGCUGCUCCAGCGGCUGGGGCAGGCGGCGGAGGCGGCUGGCGGGCGCGUGCAGGCGAUACUGGGUAACCACGAGCUGAUGCUGGUGCAUCAUGACUACCGGUACGUGUCUAGGGAGGAGCUGAGGGCGAUUGGCGCCGCCGCACGCCUGCCACCGCUGUGGCCGGGCGCAGGCGGCAGCGCCAGCGGCAGCAGCAGUGACGCACAUUCGGCAAGGGUUGGGGACGAUUCUCGCGGCGGCACAGGGACUUCGCGCGGUCUGGCCGGCAACUCGGCCGCAGCCGCGGAACAGCCGUCCGGCCACCACCUCCACUCGGUGCCGCAGCCCGACCCGACUGCAGAGCAGCAACAGGGGGUGGAGAAGGUGGCGCAGGUGGAGGCGGAGGAGGAGGAGGAGCGUUCUGAAGACGAGUCGCUGCGGGGUGAGCUGCCAGCCGGUCACCGGGUCUCCAUGCCUGCACCUGCUGCUGGCGAGCCGGGGCCGAGGCGGCAGCCGGACCACGACCGCGAGCUGCGACUUCGGCGGCUGCGGGAGUCAGGAUUGGCUGACUCCGGCCUCAGCGCUACUAAGACAGCCAGCGACAGAGCUAGCAGCAGUGGCAGUGCCAUCAGCAGCGGUAGCAGGAAUGGCGGCAGUGUCGCCACGCGGUGGCGCCAGUUGUUGCAUCAGGAACCGCAUCCCGAACAGCAGGAGCAGAAAGAUAAGCUUUUGGCGCAGAUGCGGGCGGGGCUGGAGCUGUGGCAAGCGGGUUUGGCGCCAAGCCAGCCGCUUGGCGCCCUCGUGAGGCGGCGCCCUCUGGCGCUGCUGGCUAAAGGGGGCGGCUGCGAGGUGUUGGUUGUGCAUGCGGGCGCUUUUCCUUGGAUGCUGACAGCGGUCGAGCGGGCUCUGGGUGUUGGGGAGCAGGGCGAUCAGCAACAGGAUGGGAACAAGGGAGGGGCAGGUGCAGGGACGGCGGCGACUGGGCGGCUGACGCCGCAGCAGUAUGUGGACGCAUGGAAUGCGGUGGCGUUAGAGGCUCUGGUGCACUGCGACGGCCGCUGGUGCCGGCACGGCGGCGAGCAGGCGGUGGCGGGUAAUGCGGGGCUCCAGGAAGGGUCUAGGAGCGGGAGAGGCGGCGAACCUGCAUCAGCGCGGUGGCGCUACCGGCGAGAGCUUGCAGAGCUGCUGUUGGGCGGUGAAGGCGCGGUCUGGAGCCGCCGCUACAUCCAGGCGCCAAAUGAGCAGGUGUGUGCCGAGGUGGCGGCGGUGGCGGAGCGGCUGGGCGUGCAGCGCGUGGUGGUGGGGCACACGGUGCAGCGCGGCGGCCGGGUCAGCAGCAGGUGCGGCGGACAGCUUCUGAUGGUGGACGUGGGGUUGAGUCGCGCCAUCGCCGGCGAGAUGGCGGUGCUCACCUGCAGCAACGGUGUGUUGCGGGCCGUGUACGGCGAGGGGCAGGAGCAAGAGUUGUAGACGACUGGCACAACGCCUGCCAAGCAACCCCUGCUUUGCACGAUGACGGAUGAGCGAGUGCUGCCAUGUGAUGGCAAGGCAGGCAUGUUUGGUCGAGGAGCGGGCUACAUGAAACAGUCUCGACGUGCAGAUGGGUGCUCCCGUGGACGAGGCACGUAGCAGGGAAGGGCGUAGCGGCGGGUGCGCGGCAGCGUGGAUGCGGGGGUUGAAGAACCGGCAUGAUGGGGCAGCGCACUCGGAUUGAUUCUGAGCCAGCAGACGAGUGGCGGUUGUAACAGUACACAAGU